UAGAUGCCUUCUUGAGCCUGCUUGUGGCCACCCACAGACACUUGUAAGGAGGAGAGAAGUCAGCUUGGCAGAGUUACUCUGAAAUGAGGGAUUAGAGGCUGGGAUCUGAGGAGCAAGAACUGCAGCCAGAAGAAGAGGGAGCGGGCCCUGAAGACACUUCCACUGAGAGGUCUGCCAUGGCCUCUCUUGGCGUCCAACUUGUCGGCUACAUCCUAGGCCUUCUGGGGCUGCUGGGCACAGUGGUUGCCAUGUUGCUCCCUAGUUGGCGAACGAGUUCUUACGUCGGUGCCAGCAUUGUGACGGCAGUCGGUUUUUCCAAAGGCCUCUGGAUGGAGUGUGCCACCCACAGCACAGGCAUCACCCAGUGUGACAUCUACAGCACCCUUCUAGGCCUGCCCGCUGACAUCCAGGCUGCCCAGGCCAUGAUGGUGACAUCCAGUGCAAUCUCCUCGCUGGCCUGCAUUAUCUCUGUGGUGGGCAUGAGAUGCACAGUCUUCUGCCAAGAAUCCCGAGCCAAAGACAGAGUGGCGGUAGUGGGUGGAGUCUUCUUCAUCCUUGGAGGCCUCCUGGGCUUCAUUCCUGUUGCCUGGAAUCUUCAUGGGAUCCUGCGGGACUUCUACUCACCACUGGUGCCUGACAGCAUGAAAUUUGAGAUCGGAGAGGCUCUUUACUUGGGCAUUAUUUCUUCCCUGUUCUCCUUGGUGGCUGGAAUCAUCCUCUGCUUUUCCUGCCCAACCCAGAGAAAUCGCUCCAACUACUACGAUGGCUACCAAGCCCAGCCUCUUGCCACUGGGAGCUCUCCCAGGCCUGGUCAGCCUCCCAAAGCCAAGAGUGAAUUCAACUCCUACAGUCUGACAGGGUAUGUGUGAAGAACCAGGGGCCAGAGCUGGGGGUGGCUGGGUCUGUGAAAACCAGUGGACAGGCCUCUGGGGCCACAGGUGAGGGACAUUGCCACUGGAUCAUGUCAGAAGGUGCUGCUGAGGAUAGACUGACUUUGGCCGCUGGAUUGAGCAAAGGCAGAAAUGGGAGCUAAUGUGACAGUGUGCAGGUUGAAUUGCCUGCAGGAUGCUCGCCAAGCCAGCCUUUCUGUUUCCCUCACCUUGCCCUCCCCCUGCUCUGAGUCCCCAACUCUCAGCUUGAAACCACAGCCCCUACCUUUAUCCAGGCCCCAGAGGCUCCCUUCUGCCCUUUGCUUUACCUGGGAAUCCAUCCCCAAACCCACUAAUCACAUCCUGGGGACUUACUCUCUCUGAUCAAAGACCCUCUCCCUCUGGCUGAGGUUGCUCUUAGCUUGUUGCUGGAGGAUGGGGUGGGGGAGAAGGUGGCUUUAAUGGACAUGACUCGAACCUCCUUCUCAAGCCUCCCUCCAAAGAAACUGACUGGUCAGUAAUGGGCCGUGGAACCUCCAUCCCACUCUUGUUAUGACUCCACAGUGUCCAGACUGGUUUGAGCACGAACUGAAAUAAAACCAUCCCACGGCAUCUAGGGAACAGAAAGCAACUGGGUGUAGGAGGAGAGGACGGGUAGGCAGCCUGGGAGCAAAAAGAGACCAGAACCAUUUCCCGGGGCACUUCCCAGAAUUCCCUCAUGUUUGUGGGUCAGGGAUGGAGUCUGUGGCUUGAGGAACACAUGAGGAAAGAAGAUCUGGUGGAAAGCUCGGGCGGCAGCAGACUUUGACUCCCCGGAGAAACUGCCUCAGAAGCUGCGGCCCCAACUUCUGCUAAGGUCCCUGCCUUCCUCUGGGGCACCUGACCGGCUUCCUGGCCUCCUCCACAAGGCUAAGGACCCUAGACAAUGGUUGUCUUAAGAACAGUGAACCAGUUUUUCUAGAGAUCGUCCUUGGCUGGGGGAUGACAGCACGGAAGUGUGUGGUACAGAGGAACAUACCACUCCCCAAUGCUGGCCAAGGAAGAAUAAGAACUUUGGUAUCUAAGAAGCUGGGUGGACAUCUGUGGUGGCUCCAGUGGGUGUUUCUACUGUGCCAGAGAGAGGCAGCCCCUCAGAGGGUCUUCAGGCCUAAUGAAAAAUCAGCCCCGAAGGCUGAGAUCAGGCCCCCAGGGGCUACCCACAGAGUACUACAGAGCCUCUGGAGGACCACAGCACCCAGCGGGCCUGGCCUGUUCUCCCCACAGCCAUCAGAAGAUAUUCCAGAAUUGCCAGAGGGUGACCAAAGGCUCCAGUGUGGCACAUCCCUGCCCAAGGUGCUAUGACCAUGGUCUGAGUGAUGGCUGAGCUGGGAUUGCAGUUGAGGUGGGAGAUUAGAGAACGGUUCCCAGGCAGACAAUUCCACCUCUAAGGUCUGAAAAUGCUCCAUUUCCCCUGCAGUGGGAGUGGGGGUCAUAAGCCAAAGACCUUUUCCCUCACCAGCCUAGGCAUGACCAGCUUCUGAAAAACUCCAGUACCCCUCCCCAAACCUCAGUGCCAGCAGAAGAGGCCCAUUCAUUGUCUCUAACGUGCCUUUCACAUUUCCACCUGCUUGCCUACGUUCCAGCUGUUCUCCCAACCUGGAAGGCCCCAUCCCCUUAGCAAAGUCCUCCUCGUGCUUGGAGGACUUGCUUGGUGUCACCUCCUUCAUUGAGCUUUCUCUGACCACUCCGUUCCUCUCCUCUCCCUCCCUCCUCCAACCCUCAAUGUAUAAAUCCCUUCUUGAUGCUUAUCAUUCACAAUUUUUGAUUGAUAGCUAUUGAUAGUUAUCUUUUCAUGUGUGUGCCUGAUCUCACAAGUACACUGUAAACUCUUGGAGGGCAGGGACCACAUCUUAGACCUCUCUGUAUCCCCCAGACUAUCUGUAACAGUGCUGAGCACACAGUAGGUGAUCAAUAAACACUUGUUGAUUGAG